AGUUUUGACCUGUUCCAACGACUUCACCAAACAAACGUGCUUCUUUGCUCGUCAAUAUGGAAGAAGAAGUUGAAAGAGCAAAAGAUUUUGCUCGUACUCACAAAUCACAGCCCAAUGACUCACCUCUACGGCAAUUUGUUGUAACCGAAGCCAAUAAUGCUGCACGGGAACGCCGAUCUGUCGAUUCCUUUGUCGAACUGAUUUCGAUACUUUGCAAAGACGAAGACAAGACAUUUGCCACUCUAGAUGUUGAUUUCCCCCGUCUCGUUGUCGAUGCACUUUGGGUUCUGGAUACUGAGCGUGAAUUAUACACUGAUAACUCUUCUGGUGUCGAUCUUGCAAAGUUACAGCGAUCACUUGCACAAAUUGUCAAAAGUACCACGACAAACGGCAGUAUAUCCGCCCAGCUUUGCAAAACAACCUUGUCAACACAGCUACUUGCCGAUGCUGGUCUCAUCAAUAACAAGGGUAAUUUCGAUAAGCGGAUUAUUCGCAUGAAGACAGCUAUGCUUUACAAACAGAACAAGUUCAAUUUAACGCGCGAAGAAACUUUGGGAUUCUCCAAGCUAGUUGGUGAAAUCAUUUCAAACGCGUUUCAAGCCGAUAUCAGACGUAGCAAAGAUGAGACUGCAAAUUACGACGACCUCAUUCAGCUUGUAUUGAGAAAUAUCAGCAGCUUAAUUGGUUCAUUUCACCUCGACCCAAACCGUGUGCUGGAUAUGCUACUGGAUGUAUUCAUGGACCAAGUGAAAUUGAAUUACAAGUUUUUCAUACAGCUUUUGAAGAAAUCGCCCUGGGUGUCAGCUCGUAGUGAUAGCGAUGGAGAUGUCGAUAUGAAUGGAAGCGACGCUUCUCCGGCAUAUACACCAUGCCCGUUGCUUUCUCAUCUCUUGGGUUUCAAAUAUCGCUUUUACCAGUCAUCCGAUCAAGAUGCCACUUCACCAACUGCCUUGCAUUAUGUUAGCGCGCUUCUUAUCAAAAGCGGGCUAAUGCGACUCGAAGACCUUUUGCCAUACUUGGGUCCUUCUGAUGAGGAAUGGGAGCAAGAGAUGGAGCAGUACAGAGCCGAGUUGAAUGCUACGAUCGACGCAUUUAAGCCUUUGGCGGCUUUUGAUGGUGACUUGGAAGAUUGGGCUAACCCAGGUGCAAAAUCAUCCGGCGAGAAAGUUACAGAAGAAGAGACCACGGAUGAAGCCCCAAAGAAAACAUCUCAUGACAAGAUGGAGCUUUGCAAAGCGCUACUGUCAAUAGGAGAUAUCAGGAAUGCAGAAGUGCUCAUCUUAAAAUCGGAAGGAAUAUGUGCAAGAUUCCCCGAAAUAGCUACCAGAGUCUAUCGACUCUGCGACGCCAUAAUGGAACCAGCUUACAAGCUUUACAUGCCACCUAGUAUUUUGAAACGUGACGAAGAACUUGCCCACCGUGGAGAGUUAUCUGCUCUGAUAUCCAAUCGACGUGUAUUAUCUAAAGAAUCAGGCAAAAUUGAUACUGGAGCCGGCACUGUCUUCCCAGACCCCGAUGUCGAGUUAACUUUCAAUGUGGAAGAGGAUAAUUUAUAUCAUCCAAAGAAGCGCAAUACAAAGAUCAAAUUUUUCUUUGGAGAAUGGUCAGACCAGCUUGAUAAGUGCACGUCUCAUCAGCAUAUCGUUGACAAGCUCAUACCCACCAUGCGACUAGCUGGAUACAAUAACCACCUCGAUGCGCGUUUCACAAAGCGCUUGAUGGCUUUAGGCCGAGCACUUCUUACCAGGGAAACCGAAAUACCAGGCAUUAAGACGCAAUGGAUAAAUAUAGCCAGAGAGUUCUUUUUGACAGCAGUCUCUAUGAGCAAUUGCAACCCUGCAUCAUCCGUUUUAUUAUGGGAGUUUUUGGAUCUGUUGUCUCUGCCAGAAAGAUUUUCUCUCUACGGCUACUGGCACAACGAUUUCUACAAAAAGAGCCUGGAACUGAAGACCUUAAAAACAAAAACAGAGAAAGAUACCAAGGGAUUGGUUGGUAAAAUCGGCUCUCUGACUGUCAAGCCUUCAGGAAGACAAAUUGGACGACUUGCUCACUCCAACCCAACUAUUGUCUUUGAGGUUAUCCUUGACUCUAUCCAGAGAAUGGAUAACUUGGCACUCUUUAUUGCCGAUGCCUGUCGCUACCUUCAAUCACUUUCAUAUGAAGUUUUGACAUAUCAACUUAUUGAAAAGCUUACUGGCUCGCAAGGUGCUGGAAAGAUGAAGAAGAAAAAACUGAAAGAUGAUGGUGUCAACAAUGAAGACUGGCUCAAGGCUCUAUCUGUGUUUUCUGGUCUUUUGUUCAAAAAGCAGAGUAUCGACCCAACCCCUAUUUUCACUUAUCUUCUCUGCCAACUCAAAGACGGCCUUCCCAAUGAAGAAACGAUGGUAUCCACAAGGAAGCACGAAAGUUCUUGGGAAAAUUUAAUUAUCCUUACUGAGUUUAUUACCAAAAUGCUUGGUAUCGAAAUCCUUGGCACCACUGUCACAAACUAUCAAGUCACAGCCACUGGAUGCGGUCCAAUCGUGAAAGCUGAAGCGUUCCAACCUUUGUCUGCGGAUCAUCGCAAGGCCUCUAAGCGAACACUCUUGAGAUUCAAAGACACUCUCGCAAAGGACAAUAUGGCGGUACAACUUGUGGCAUUAAUCGCACAGCUUCGACAGCGAUGUAUUUUUGACAAACGUCAGGAGCGAGACAGGUUGAACACAAAUUUGUUGGGAUCCAUGUACGAUAGUAUACACGAAACCUUUUUGCAAAUUUGUGAAAUGCUUGUCACAACAUUUGAAGGAAACGAGUACUCUGAACUGAUGCCUAGCAUUGAAGUGUUUUACAAGGAAUACAAGUUGAACAUGGAUGUCCUUAUGCAUAUUCUUCGACCUGCCCUUCGUCAGGCAGUUGUUGCAUAUGAUGCAAAAGAUGAAGCAAAACAUGAUGUGCAUCCUGCCCUAGCUCCUGUCACCGCUACGAUCAUCGAAACGUUACCAAAUCAUAUGUUUACAGCUAUAACAGCCCAAUUCUUUACCACGUUCUGGCAGCUCAGUCUUUACGACAUUUCCGUACCAACAGAACACUAUAAAGCAGCUAUUCAGAAACAUCGAGAUGUAAUCGCCCAAAGUUCACAGCUCUCUCAUAGAGAAGCUGCUAAAGCCGAGGCAAAAGCCAAAGAUAGAAUCGCAGCCAUUCAGGCAGAACUGGAACAACACGAACGUGACUUUGAUAGCACUGUAGCAAGGCUCAAAGCCGAGCAGAAGAACUGGUUUAGAAGUACUUCAAAUCGUGCCUCUAUUAUUGGUGAUAUCCUGCAAUAUUGCCUACACCCUCGAAGUGUAAUGUCUGAAGCAGAUGCCGUUUUCUGCGCAAAGUUUGUUGCUAUGAUGCAUAAACUGGGUGUUUGGAACUUUUCUAGUCUGACACUUUAUGACAAGAGAAUGUGGCCAUUGCUAUCUCCACAUUUACUGAUCACGAAACUACUAUUCAUGCACAUUUCAUCGAGAAGGUCUUCCAAAAGAUGACUGACUGGCAUAAGAAUGAGGAUAUAUACAUCAAGAAAGCACAAGGUGAAAAUCUGAUCGGUUUCCAAAAAGUCUGGACUCCUCAAUCUGGUGGCCAGGUCGUCUCAAAGGAUGACCUGCUUAGCCACGCAGACUUUGGUAAAGUCAUGUACAAAUGGCACAGCAAAACCAAUGCAGCGGUGCAACAAGGCUUGGCAUCAGGCGAAGCGCAGCAAAUGAGAAACAGCUUUCUUAUUAUGAAGCAGUUCUCCACGUUCUUCCCACGCAUGAAGGCUCAUGGUGAGGCGUUGGUCGCCGAGUUGCAAAAGAUUGUCAGCACGG